AUGGAGCAGCACGGCGCCAACAGCGCGCGGAUCGUGGCCUCGCGCAUCCACAGCCACUUUGAGCGCACGCGCCAUCGUGUGCCGUCGGUCGACACACCGAGCUUGGACCGACUCGAAGUGCUCGUCGUGCUUGAAGUGCGCGAACUUGUGAAGCACGUGGUCGCACUCCACGCGACGCUUGCGGCGGUGCCUCUCUAUGAAGCAAAGCUCCGAGCCGAGUGGAAAGAACGUGCCGCACAGUACGAAUCCGAGAUUCGCGCGUAUAGAGCUCAAGUCGAGGCGGCCCUCACCGCCGCCGCCGACCUCCGCCGCCAUAUCAAUCGCAGCACGCAGGCAAUGGCGACGGAGACGAUAGAGUUGCGCCGUCGGUGGGAAUCCGAGUGGGCUGCCCACCACGCGAGUGAGAUGCAGCGCGUCCUUGACGAGGCGGCGGCGCGCGAACGCGACAGUCUCUUGCGCUCUCGCGACACCACGCAAGCGGCGCUCGCCGACUUACGACGUCGCUUGGAGCAUCAAAAGAACGCGGCGCUCGAGUUGCAAGCGGCCGAGCUACGGCGACACCACAGGGCCCAGCUGGACCGUUUGUCCACAACUCUUAUCGAUAUAUCAAUAUAA